GUCCUUCCUUACAAAACCUGAGAGAGAGGGAGAAAAAAAAAGAAAAAAAAAAUCCAUGUGUUGUUGACCGUGCCUUUGUCCGCGGCGAUCGCAACGGUCACUUCUCUUUCUCUCUCCCUGACUCCGACAACUCAUCGAUCGUUCUUCACUCAAUCUCGGCCACGAUGACCGACCCACAACAACCACCCACUCACACUCACUCCUCCCCACAAACCCACAACGACAAAACCAACAACGAAAUCACUACUACUACUCACAUCCCAAUCGAGAUCGUGAGCGACGAAGAAAUGGCUCUCAUCGAAGCUGCUUUUGCCGCCACUCGCUCUUCUCUCACCUCUUCUAUUUCACUUUCUUCUUCUUCUUCUUCUUCUUCUUCUUCUUCUUCUUCUCUCUUCUCGUCUCAAUUUCAGCGAAAUGCUGCGAGGUCGAUUCAGUCCAUCACUCUCCUCUCCAAACGGAGUUUAUAUACGCAACCCACUUCGGUGGGAGACAUAGAGGAUGUUGUUGGAGGUGGAAUUAGGAGGAAGAGGACUACCCUGAAGAGUAAUCGACCCGUUGACUCCUUUUUGCAUCGCUUUCGGAGGAAGAGAGCCUUGUCUGUCACUGAUAUUACUGCCACGGAAUGGUGUGAAAAAAAAAUGGAAUUCUCUCUACUGCUUGGCCAACCGGAAAAGACUGAAGCAAUGAAAGCCGGUAUUGCUCGCCAUGCAGUACUUGAGGAAGAGUGGCAGGUUGUAAAAAGGGUAAAAGUUCGUAUCCGAACGGUAGAAGAUGUAUGGGCUUUAAAAUUUAUGAAUUUCAUGACCGGUGUAAAUCAAUUAUUGUCUGACGGUGGUUUAACACGCGAGUUGCCCCUAGUAGGUUAUGUGGAAGGUGUAUGGAUGGUGGGAGUAGUUGAUGAAAUUCGAAUGCCUGUAAAUGAGACUCAGAAGAACCCAACAUUAUUAGACAUAAAAACUCGUGUACAAGCAACUGUGCCUAGUGAACCACAACGAAGAAAUGGAAUGCUGCAGUUGAUGUGCUAUAAGUAUUUGUGGGACAGUUUAGCUGCUGAUAAAUUCCCUACGGGACAAUUCUUUGAUUUCUUUUCUUUAAAUCCAAAUUGCAUUUUAUCUGAAGAAAUCAGAGCGAACUCUGUUAAGUCAGGUUUUCCCGCAGAGGGAAAAAAAGGGUUCAUCUCAUCUUGGCUGUGUGUGCAGACUCUUGAUGAUUUAGUGAGGUAUUUCCGGAAUACUUGCCGCAUACUUCCUCCAGCUUAUGACCAGCUAUUGUUGCGAUAUGAAUUGCAAGAAGAUCAUUCAUUCAUCAGUGAAGAUCAAUUUAGUUAUGAUUCUGAUUGGCUUAAGGGCCAAAUUCAGUGUAGUCUUCAGUUCUGGCAGGGAGAGCGAGAAGCCAAAUAUGCUCCCGAGGAAGAGAGAUGGAAAUGCAAGUUCUGUAAGUUUGCUUCUGUGUGUCCAAUCAACGCUAGCCCCACUGGUAAACCAAUGUAGAGAGAAAUUACUAACAACCCUUUUCUCUCGGCAGUCCAUUUGAUAUUCUCCCCCAAUAAUGUUCUUGACCUCACCUUUCUGCAAAGAAGCAACAAUUUUAGGGUAGUGCUUCUUUGUAGCUUUGUUUGAUUGGUGGAGAGGUGGUGGCAUAUGUUUGGUAGGCCAUCCCGAUCUGCUAUACCAUAGGUCACGUAUGUAGUAUUUAUGUACAAGCCUCUUUUGCAGGCUGUGAUGAUUCAUUGUUGUGCAGUAUUCAUAGCAAAUUCAUUGUAAUGAGCUUGUAUGUAUCAUUUUAUGUACAAGCCCUACUUUAUAGGCUCUGGUGAUUCAUUCUUGUAACCUACUGACAUAUCAUUCCUUAAAUUAUAGUAUUGUUUACCUAAUUAUUUGUAAGUUGCUGAGUC